UUUUGGACCAUGAGAUCGUAGAACAUUAAAAUAAUGGAUAAAGACACAUUGGAAUCCAUUAGCUAAACAACUUCUCAAACCAAAGAAGCCAAAAAUAAAAGACCCACCACUAUAUUCUAUUACAAACCUCUUCAAUUCCCUCCCAUUUCUCAAUUUCUUAUAUCCCCCCCUCUUUCCCUUCUUUCUUCGAUCCCAUUUCACACGCACAUAAUUACACCAAAUUACACUCUACUAUGCACAUGACAUGACCUCCUCAUUCUUCUAAAAUCUCCCACCCUUCUUCUUCUCUUCUCAUUCUCUUCUUUCCUCCUUCUCAUGACACCUUUGUUAGGCCUCAUCUUCAUGGGUAUUCUCACUUUUAUCCCUCCCGACUCCGCCACCACCACCUCACGUACUAAUAAGCCGAAGUCGAAGCCGAAACACGGCCGUAAAUACAAACACCAUAACAAAGAAGAAAAACAAGAGAAUAAGAAGCAACAAACGCCAAUAAAACAAUCAACGAACCCGAAACCAAAGCAACCUUCAUCAUGGGACCAGAUCAAGAACCUUCUUACUUGCAAGCAAGUAGAAGGUUCUAGAGUUCAUGACCCUUCUAAAGGUAGUAGUGUAUCCUCUUGUGGGUCUAUGUGUAGUUUCCGUGACGUAGUUCAUGGUAACACUAGGGUUGUUCAUCGGCCCGAUAACUCGUCCCCUGAAAGUAGCUCAUUGGGUCAAGAGGCUCGGCUCCUGCACCGGGGUAAGACCGGUGCAGGGUCCAUGUCGAGCCGGUCUUUAUCGGGUUCGGUUAGAUCGGGUUCGAGUGUGACAACUGCGCAUUCCAUAUCGUCCAGAGGGAUGCCAUUGAGGAAGUUGUCCGGGUGUUAUGAGUGCCAUAUGAUUGUUGAUCCUAGCAGGUAUCCAAUAAUUCCAAGGACAACUGUAUGUGCAUGCCCACACUGUGGAGAAGUUUUUCCAAAAAUUGAAAGCUUGGAGCAUCAUCAAGCAGUUAGGCAUGCAGUGUCGGAGCUGGGUCCGGAGGAUUCGGGUAGAAACAUAGUGGAGAUAAUAUUCAAGUCAAGCUGGCUAAAAAAGGAUAACCCAAUAUGCAAGAUCGAACGGAUACUAAAGGUCCAAAACACACAAAGAACGAUCCAACGGUUCGAAGAUUGUAGAGAUGCAGUGAAAUUAAGAGCAAAUAACAACACAAAGAAGAACCCAAGAUGUGCCGCAGAUGGGAAUGAACUACUAAGAUUUCAUUGUACUGCUCUUACUUGUUCUCUUGGUGCACGUGGUUCUUCUAACCUUUGUGGCUCUGUCCCUGGUUGCGGCGUUUGUACCAUCAUUAGACAUGGGUUCCAAGGAAACAUGGGAGUGAGGACAACCGCAAGUAGUGGGAGGGCCCACGACUGCUUAGAUUGUACGGAUGGACGUAGGGCAAUGCUUGUAUGCCGAGUAAUCGCUGGGAGGGUGAAGCGCAGCGCCAACGACGCGCCGGCGGAAGAGGAGAUCAUGUCCCUCGAGGGUCCAUCGGGUAACGCCACCUCCUACGACUCGGUUGCCGGUUCCGCAGGAAUCUACUCUAACCUCGAAGACUUGGUGGUGACUAACCCCAAGGCUAUUCUUCCUUGCUUUGUAGUUAUUUAUAAAACCCUAACCACAGCCUAGCUAGUAUUUGUAAUUUUGGCUAACUUGCAAGAAGAAAUUAACCGAGUGCCUUGUCACGUGCUGACUAGUUAAGUUGCAGACGUACUUGUAAUGAUCUUUUUGCAUUUUCGUAAUUAAAUUAAAGUAAUUCCCACCUUUAGUUUCAGUUAAUCAAGUUACAGUUUUUCUUUGUUGUAUAUAUUAAUUGUACGUAUAAUGUAUUUAAAUUAAAUUUUCAUUUGUUUUGUUUA